AUGGAGAUGUCACGCAUCCGUCUGCAGCCAAGGGGCAAAAGCACAAGCAUGAGCCGUGAGCCCAAUUCUAGCAAGAAAAGAAGUACCGCCUGUCAACGUUGCAAUAAACGCAGGACGAAAUGUGAUGGGUCCAUUAUUGGUGUCCCCUGCUCUGCAUGCAAAAAGAGUAACAAUCACGACCAAUGCGCCUUGAUGCAGUCUAAACGGAAAAGAGGACCCGAUGGGCGCUACACAUUAGAACCUGCUGCCAGUUCCCCAUCACUUCGAAUCUCAGACGAUAUCAGCGUCAACAAUGCGAUAGACGGCAGUAUGGGCUCUCCAACUCCAAGGCAUGAGCAGGUAGUUGGAAAUGGAUCUGAAAGGGCACCGUCUUCAAGUCAAGCUGGAAGCCCAUCACAGUUGACAAUACAGCCAAGUGUCGUCGGUGAAAGCUGGUAUGCGUCAUACGUUAUGAGAGGUUAUACUCCAGGUCACAGCAGUGUCCAUCGACCAAUCGGCGAAUGCAACGAGACAGUUCAAGAUGUCACCUUCGCCACGGGAGCGAAUGAUGUCUCUAGAAACUUACCACAGCCUCAAGACAAGCCUGCCUUGUCUGACCUUCCCCGACCAGACAUGGUCGACAGUCUGAUCAAAGCUUACUUUGAUCGGUUUCACACUUUUUGCCCCAUUCUCAGCAAGAGAUCAUUCUUUACUUCUAUACAUGAUGGAACGGUAUCUGCAACACUAUUAAGAAGCAUUCUCUUUGUUGCAUCUCUGCACUGCGAUCUAGAAGUUCUGCACCGCAUGGGGUAUAGCACUCGCUUAGAUGCCAACCAUGACUUGUUUACCAACGCAAGCGCUUCUUUCGACCUGGACAGAGACUCGAGUCGACUUGACAUGAUAUUGUCGUCCUACCUUUUGCACUACUGGUUCGGAAACCCUACAGCCUACCGAGACUGCCACUGGUGGAUUGCUGCUGCUAUUCGAUCCGCUCAGUGCACAGGAUAUCACAGAAGUACUAGCAAUAGCCGAAUGUGUCCCGAACAACGAUCACGAUGGAAGAGAAUAUGGUGGUGUUUAUAUGUUCGUGACCGUCAAAUCGCUAUAUCUACUGGUACACCCAUGGUGAUUAACGAUAUGGACUAUGAUGUUGAAGAGCUCGUUAUGGAUGAUCUCAUCGAUGAGAGCGCGGAGACAGCUCAAUACAUCGUUGCACAGAGACUGCAGAGACAGUGCAAUAAGUCUAGGGAAACAAAGCUCGUUGUCGACGCCGCAACACAAGUAUUCAACCUUGUUGAGAACUCAUUAUUAUAUUGGACACCAGAGCACUUCCCCAUGAUUUAUGUAUCCGCCUUAUUCUCUGCCAUGAUGGCUCUUGCGGUAGAUGGAAGUGCCACAGCACCGAGAAGUGACCAGAUGUUUGUCAAGAUUCGCCGUGGCUUACUUGCUCUUAAGCAGUUCGAGCAAGUAUAUAAUGUCGCACGUUGGAUCAGAAACUUCUUCAUGGAUAUUUUGAAUCGGUCUGAUUCGGGAGGGGGUAGCCGAGGAGAGGUUCCAGCGGCCAGUCCCCCCAGUAAUGGAAUCACGAGCGAGAUACGCGUCCCAGAAGAAUCAGCUCGGCAUCCUGUCAUCCAGGAGGAGCCAGCUCAUUUAUUGGCGGGCACGUCAUCUGAAGCAGACCAACUCACAUUCGUCGCGUCUGAUUUGAAUCUCGGGGGCACAACAUUUAUGCUUGAUCAUGACUCUGGAGAUGUAGGCGCCGAAGGGGGAGGGUUCUGGCCAACAUAUUUGGCAAACGGAGUCUUUUCUAACACAAGUACUGGAGAUGCCAUCGACUUCCCACAGCCCGAUUCGACUCAGUACCAAGCCAUGUACUUUCUAGCUGAUCUAGGAUUGUCCAAUGGCACUGCUGGGCCUGUCUAUGAUGGCUUGAUUCGACUUUGGGCGUACAUGCUCGGACUUGCGGUAGUUGGUGCUGGUUAUGCUGUAACCACUUUCGACUGGUCAAAGAGACCAUCGUCAUCAUCUACACAACCACUCGCGAGUACUCCUACAAUACAACACGACAUUACAGCGGCCAACAUCAGAGCGGCAACUAAAGAGUUCGCAGCGUUGCUAGGUGCUGAGAACGUAUCCACAGACCAAGCAGAUCUUAUCACCCAUUCUGGUUCGGACUAUCAGUCUUAUGCUUGGACUGAAGAACAGGCUAUCUGUUCUAAUGUCAUUCUCUAUCCAGAGACGACUGAGCAGGUCUCGGAGUUGAUGAAAGUUUGUUCCAGACGCCGGUUGCCAGUUACGCCUUAUUCUGGUGGUACAUCGAUCGAGGGCCAAUACAUUCCCCAUUUCCGGGGAAUCUGUGUUGACUUUGGUCGAAUGAGUAGCAUUGUGGAGCUCAACAAAGAUGAUCUAGAUUGCGUCGUGCAGCCAGGUAUUGGUUGGAUGGACCUGAACGAAGAGCUUGCAACACAUGGAUUGUUCUUCCCACCAGAUCCAGGCCCAGGUGCCAUGAUUGGGGGAAUGGUUGGAACAGGUUGUUCUGGUACUAAUGCCGCGGCAUAUGGGACUAUGAAAGACUGGGUGUUGUCAUUAACCGUGGUCCUCGCCGACGGCACAAUCAUCAAAACUCGCCAAAGAGCAAGAAAGUCUAGUGCCGGUUACGAUUUAACAAGGACUUUCAUCGGAAGUGAGGGAACACUAGGUCUGGUCACUGAGGCGACGCUAAAGCUAGCAGUCAAACCUCCUUGUGAAGCAGUGGCCGUGUGCACGUUUCCAUCGUUACGCGAUGCUGCCUCUGCAGUGCGAGAUGUACUGUCAGCAGGUAUUCAGGUCGCUGCUGUUGAGAUAUUGGAUGAUGUUCAGAUGAAAAGCAUCAACGAGUCUGCUUUGACCCGCAUAAAAUGGAAAGAGGAGCCAACUCUGUUCUUCAAGUUCACCGGCAGCGAUGACUUCAUCGUAGAACAUGUCGCGAAAAAGGUUGGUGUCAUCACAAAACAAAAUCGCAGCACGGCAUAUACUUUUGCGUCAGACGAAACCGAGCGGAACGAGCUUUGGUCAGCAAGGAAGAACGCGCUUUGGAGCAUGCUUGCCAUGAGAAAGUCGCCAACAGAUAAGGUGUGGACGACCGACGUGGCAGUUCCGAUGAGUAGACUUCCUGACAUUAUCGACUUUGCAAAAAAAGACAUUGAGAAGUCGGGCUUGGUCGGAUCCGUUGUCGGACAUGUUGGCGAUGGUAAUUUCCAUACACUGCUAUUAUUUCCCGAGGACAAGCGACAGGUCGCUGAGGAUAUUGUCCAUCGAAUGGUUGACAAAGCGAUAGAGAUGAAGGGGACGGCUACGGGUGAGCAUGGGGUCGGCCUUGUUAAGCGAGAUUACCUGGAAAAGGAACUGGGCAAGGAUACCGUGGAUAUGAUGCGAUCGAUGAAGAAUGCGUUUGAUCCAAUGUGUAUAUUGAACUGUGACAAAGUUAUUCGUAUGCAAGCUGCAUCAUAA